GUGCGGGGCGGGGCGGGGCGGGCAGUGCAGCGCGCGGCGGGGCGGGGCGGCGCGGCGCAGCGCGGAGGCGGCCAUGCCGCUGGCCACGGACCUGGCGCACCCCUCCUUGGAGGACGAGAGGAAGAAGCACAAGAAGAAGCGCCUGGUGCAGAGCCCGAACUCCUACUUCAUGGAUGUGAAAUGUCCGGGUUGCUACAAGAUCACCACUGUAUUCAGCCACGCUCAGACAGUAGUUCUGUGUGUAGGGUGCUCAACUGUCCUGUGUCAGCCUACGGGGGGCAAAGCCAGGCUCACAGAAGGCUGUUCAUUUAGGAGGAAGCAACACUGAACACUUCAGCAGGUGGUUUUGGAUCCAUUUUCCUGAAAGCCUUACCAGUUCAGAAAUGCCUGUUAAUACAACAAUGUAAUUAAAAUUGAUUUUUGUACAAGUUACAUGCUAUUGGUGAUUAAUGAGCUGGAAUCUUUUUCAAUAAAUGAUUUGAAGUGCAAUUUUUUCCUUCAAGUUUGCAGACAGUUGAGCUCUAUUUUUGUAAUUUUACUUUUAAACAGUGUAUUGUUAAUUGGGUGAUGUCACAAUAUAAAAACCUUGGACUUGCUGUAUCCUUUUCCUCAUUAAUCAUCAACUACAGCUGUGUGGCGCAUAUGGUGACAGAAACUACUGUAAGAAUGUAUUUUGCAUACUUUAUUACUGCAGCUACCCUAACUGCAAGGGAUGCAAAGGCCAGACAGAUUUAAAACUGCUCAUUUGCUUUCAACAUAGCUUUAGUUCCUUUACUGUUUUGAGUAAUGCGUUGAUAAAUAAAAAUAUCAAGCUGCUUA